GCUUUUCCACCUCCUCACUUCACUCGCCUCACACGUCGCCGGUCGAGCGAGCGCACCCACCCCACCCACCACGUACGUCCACCGGCGUGCCCUAUAUCCGAGGCCAUUUCGUACGCAACGCGCUGUGAGCCAUGGCGCCCAGGAGCGGAGCCUUGUCGUUGUCGCGCUUGGCCGUCGUCGUCGCAGCGGCGUACUGCCUCGCCGCCGCGACGCCCGGCACUGCCGACUGGAUGAGGGGCUCGGCCACGUUCUACGGCGGGAGCAACGCCGCCGGCACCAUGGGCGGAGCUUGCGGGUACGGCAACCUGUACGCGACGGGGUACGGGACGAACACGGCGGCGCUGAGCACGUCCCUCUUCAACGACGGGGCGGCGUGCGGGGAGUGCUACCAGGUGCAGUGCGACAGGGGCAGCUCCCCGAACUGCAAGCCGGGGGUGACGGUCACCAUCACCGCCACCAACCUCUGCCCCACGGACUACUCCAAGCCCAACGACAACGGCGGCUGGUGCAACCCGCCCCGCAAGCACCUGGACAUGGCGCAGCCGGCGUGGGAGCGCAUCGGCAUCUACCGCGCCGGCAUCGUCCCCGUCCUGUUCCAGCGGGUGCCCUGCUCCAGGAGCGGCGGCGUGCGGUUCACCAUCAACGGCCACGCCUACUUCGAGCUGGUGCUCAUCACCAACGUCGGCGGGCCGGGGUCGAUCAGGGCGGUGCAGAUCAAGGGCUCCCGCACCGGGUGGACCACCAUGUCCCGGAACUGGGGGGCCAACUGGCAGUCCAACAGCUACCUCAACGGCCAGUCCAUCUCCUUCGCCGUCACCGCCACCAACGGCCAGAAGGUCGUCUUCCAGGACGUGGCGCCCAGCAACUGGGGGUUCGGCCAGACCUUCACCAACUCCGGCCAGUUCUACUAGCGAUUAAUUCCCGCGCGCCGGCGCCGGAGCUAGCGAUCGCCUUCCUUUCCGUUUACGCUUGUCUUUAAAUUUGGCAUUUGGGAACUUAAGAUUAAGAUUAGCCUCAUUCUCUCAUGGAUGGGAAGUGGUAGGUAGGUAGCUAGGCGCCGCGCGUAGGGUGGUUUGCAUGGCUGAGGUGGGUUCAUGGCGGGCCUGAUCGAUCAAAUUACCCGCCGUGCCUGCCGCCUUGCGAUGACCGGCUGAUGUGCUACUCCGAUCCUCGCUGCAAGGCGCGGACUGUUUACUCUUGACCACAGAUCCAUUGAUGAUUUUAAUUAAUAGAAUGUGAUGGCCAUGGUUUCUGACUUUGACCAGUAAAA